AUGGUAUUUCUGUCAAUACAGGGGGACACACUGACACCUCACUAUGGCUGUAAGACAGGCAGUGAAAGCCUAUUUAGAUCUCAUGUCGCAGCCAUGCAGGGCUGUGCUAAUAUUCCUGAAAAACAACAAAAUCCCACAUACGGUGGAACACAUUGCGAUACGAAAAGGGCAGCAGAAGACACCUGAGUUCACCAAACUCAACCCCAUGCAGAAAGUGCCAGUGUUGGAGGACAAUGGAUUUGUUCUUACUGAGAGUGACGCCAUAUUGAAGUAUCUGGCGACAACCUAUAAUGUCCCUGAUCACUGGUACCCCAAACUGCCAGAGAAGAGAGCGCGAGUGGAUGAAUACACAGCCUGGCAUCAUGCAAACACACGUUUACAUGCUGCCACAGUCUUCUGGCUUGAGGGUUUACUGCCUCUCAUGACGGGAAAGCCAACUAAUCCUGCAAAGCUCGAAAAGGCGUUAUCAGACCUGGACGGCACGCUAGACAAGCUGGAAAACAUGUUUCUGAAGAGACAGCCCUUCCUGUGCGGUGAUGACAUCUCAUUGGCUGACUUGUUAGCAGUUUGUGAGCUCAUGCAGCCCCUCGGUAGCGGGAGGGACGUUCUGAAGAACAGACCCAAACUGCUGAGCUGGAGGAGUCGAGUCCAGUCCUCUCUCUCGGACUCCUUUGAUGAAGCUCAUGACAUUGUCUACCGUUUAAGAGAGAAGUUCACAGCUAAACUGUGAAAAAUCAAUCACAGCAAUUAAUUCUAUACAGUUGAUAUAUUUCACAAACUAUUGAUUCAAUAUGAUUAACAUUAAUGGGAUUAAGGAUGUAUCUGUCUAACAUGGAUAUGCAGUUUGCUCAAUAUCAUGUUUGAUUAAUAAAGGGUUUGAAAUGAGGCAUAUAUUAUCCACAAGUUUGGAUAUAACAAAUGGUAGCGUGGUUUGCUAAAUGAAUAAAUUUAAUGGUUUGUGAUGAUUUAAUACAUUUUUAUAAUCUAAGGAGAAGAAAUUGUAAAAACAUUUUAUUGUUGACAGGAAAUGGUACAAAUAUGUAUUUACAAGAAUGAAUGUUUGUGAACAUCAAGACCCAGAUUUGCUCUUGAAUGAUGAGUUGUCUUCUCGCUCUUCUGCCUUACCUAUCUGUUAUGAAAAUGUCU